CAACAUCGACCCACCAGAAUUGCGAUGGCAACUAGCGCGAUCCAAGCCGGCCGAUCGGCUCAACACGUCCAUGCGCCAUCGAGCUAUGGUCAGCUCUACGAAGACCGUGGCCGGCAGGAGCGCCCUCGAAACUAUCGAUACACCGAAGAAUUAUCGCCAUCGGAUUCUCUUGCACCGCAAGCGGACCCUUCGCGCUUUCGUCCAAAUACCAAUAAUCGAGCCCUCACCCGGCAGCAAUACCGACGUCAACAGCAGCAGGGUCCGAGACAACCAACCUGCCGCGACGAUGCUGACGGUCAUCUGAUCUACCAAAUCGGCGAUGUUCUACACAACCGCUAUAAGAUUCUUGCUACUCUUGGCGAAGGUACAUUUGGACGCGUUGUAAAGGUGAAAGAUCUAGAACGGAACAACUACAUCAUGGCACUGAAGAUCAUCAAAAACGUGGAGAAGUAUCGUGAUGCGGCAGAGUUGGAAAUAGGAGCGCUAGAAAAAAUCAUGCAGCUCGAUCCGGUCGCCGAACACCUGUGCGUGAAAAUGAUAGAGUCUUUCGAUUACCAUGGCCAUACGUGUAUCGCAUUCGAGAUGCUCGGACUGAGUGUUUUCGAUUUUCUGAAAGAUAACAACUACGAACCAUACCCGAUGGAGCACGUGCGCCAUAUUUCCUACCAGCUGUGCUAUGCCGUUAAAUUCCUACACGAAAGCCGCCUCACCCACACUGACCUGAAACCGGAAAACAUUCUGUUCGUCGAUUCGGAAUACACCACCACUACUAGCUCUCGUAAGGUCAACGAUGUGCGCCGAGUGAACUGCACUGAUAUACGGCUGAUUGACUUUGGAAGUGCGACAUUUGAUGACGAACACCAUAGUACGAUCGUUUCCACCCGCCAUUAUCGUGCUCCGGAAGUUAUCCUCGAACUCGGCUGGUCGCAACCGUGUGACGUUUGGUCAAUCGGCUGCAUCAUGUUUGAGCUUUACCAAGGCGUGACACUGUUCCCAACGCAUGACAAUCGCGAACAUCUAGCCAUGAUGGAGCGGAUCCUCGGUACCAUCCCGUAUCGCAUGGCAAGGAAAACCAGUACGAAGUACUUCCGUUACGGAAAGCUUGACUGGGACGAAAGGUCCUCCGCUGGGCGUUAUGUUCGGGACCACUGCAAACCCCUGCACCGUUGCGUUAUCAUCGACAAGCCGGACCACCUGCAGCUGUUUGAUCUGAUCCGUAAGAUGCUCGAGUACGAUCCCACCAAACGCAUCACACUCGAUAAAGCCCUCCGUCAUCCGUUCUUCGCCAAGCUGCCUGCCAACCUGCGUCUGCACGAGAAAUGUAAUGAAUCUUCCAGUUCCUCGCCGACGAACCUUGACCGGGAGCGUUCCCAUAGUCUCUCCAGAUAAAGGCACUCUCAUGAACCUUUUUCACAUCAGCACCAUCUGCAUCGCCCGUCAUAAGCCUCACUAGGCUAUCCCGCAUGCAGUGUGUGGCUGUUGUCAUUAUUUUUCUCAUUUACAUACAUAUUUUUUUACUUUUCAUUCAACGAUUAAUAAUGCAAUCUCAGUUGCAAUUUGGGUAACUUAUAGACAAAGGCAAAGGAACUUAUAGGGACGCAUUGAGCAGAGUUUUAUAAAUUUAUUCUGUUGCAGAGAGGCAAUAGAAAAUUAUUCGACGGUGAACGGUGGAAGGAGAGAAGACAACGCGGGUUUACAUUUUCCUUGUGACUCGUGGACGAAGCAUAGCCAUUCGAUAUGUAAAGGGUAGUUAGGAAGAAUUUGUGUUCUUAUAACUGAACGCUUACAGACCGAAUGUGUAGAUUCAAGUUAUCGUAGUAUAACUUAAAAGAAGUCGUUGAAUAUCACAGAAAGAAUUCCCACUGGAGAAUCUUCUGUUUGUUGGGCAAUCAUUUCGAUCUGAUAUGCUCAAUUACGUAUUGCCAUGUGAAAAUUAAAUUAGCUAGGAUUUUUUCCUAACCUUGAAUGAUAUUACCGACGUAGUGAUAUAAAAACUUUCACUGUUAAACAGCAAAACGCUGUUUUCAAAAGGGUAACAUCCCCUAACAAAAGCAAGGAAUAGUCUAUUAGCUAACAUAGGAAUAGUCUAUUGAUGUGUCAACAGCUGAUCGAUCAGGCUGAUAGGUGGACACGCGCCAACAGAUGUCGAAUGUUGGAUUGCGUUCAUUUCGUAUAUUUUGCGUGUGUUCCUAUGUUAGCUAACAGUUGCGAACAUCUGCAGUAAUCUUCCGUGUAGCCUAACUACCUGCCAACCCGCCUACCUCCAGACAUCGACCCGUCAGCGAUGGGGUCUGAUCCUACUAGUAGAUCAGAAUUAAUCCAACUGUCAACGAAAUGUGUUGAUGCGGCACUUUGUCAGACAAAAUUAGCAUUAAAAGAACAUACUAAACAAAACGUUGAUCUCGUUAGCGUACGAUAACGAAAACUUCAACUAUUUUCGGACACGCGAGAUAAAGUGCGCAUUCUGAUUUGCUGUUGUUUCAGUCUCCAUCGGAGGAUGGCAGAUCGUAUCAACCAGAGUCAAACUACUUGUUGGAGUCGACAGAAUCCAACAGAGCCAGGUGUAGCUCGGAUCACGUGUUCUAUCGAUCAUUCAAUCAUGCUCCUGCCACACUUCGCCAUGCUCUCGUAUCCAAAACACACCCGCCUCUACUGCUCACACACACCCACACGAUGCUUACUAAACGCCCCCUUUUUUGUUCUCUUCAAAACCACAUCCCCGCGGGCUUUCCACGUGCACAAAGUAGUCAUUGUGAAAGCGACCGAUCCGCGGCGUCCGGAUCCGGCGAGCAAACCGCGGCCACCGAUGCCGCUCUCGCUGCUGCCCAUAAUGGCUCGCUGGCAGAAGGACAGCAUUGGCUCGAAAGCUUAACCAGGACGCAGGACACACAACACACCGCCUGUCUCUGCAAACACACACUCACACAGACAUGAUCUCGUGGAGCGGUUUUCACAAAAUGGGAUGUUAUACUAGGCGAUGGAUGCAGGACGCGAUGGAACACACACGCACACGCAUAUUGGCUCGCGUUUUUUUUUUCACUACGGCACAUUCACAGACCACCUCGAGAAGGAGGUAUGGCGCAUCUCUGUGUUACUUAACAUCUUGAGGGGGGGGAGGAUAGUCUCGAAGAAGAGAGAAGAUAGUUAGCACCCGGCCACCGGUGCGGUCCUUGUUAAUGUUCCUAUCCUUUAAAGGUUUGUUUAAGGCUGUUUCAUGUCGAAGAUGAGGCCAAUUGGCAUUCGUGAUGGUAGGCAGAAGUAGAAAGCGAUCACAGCACGAGGUGGAACGUGAGGGGAUAUCAUUUAUGUAAGAGUAGCACCACCCCCCGCUCCCAAAAAGGACGCAUGAUAGAGAGAUAGGAAAAGAUUGAGGUAACUGUUUGUCUUCCUGUUCACCCGCGUACGAGGGCAACUGGCGAUUGUGGAUUGUUUGCUGCCUGUGCGGUUACGAAAAGGGGAGUAUUUGUUAAGGGGAGCGAAAAGUCACCUUUAACUAUCUCAUCCUGGAAUCGACCAUGCGUGGAGCAGAUGCUGUCCUAUGAUUCCUACGACUUCGCGUACGCAAUGGGCAUUAGUUAAUAUAAAAAGAAAACGAGGUAGAGCGAGGAAGAACGAGAACUAAACAACAAAAUUGGAGCAAGCCAUAUGGACGUUGAAUGAUGGAACAUCUUAUCGCAAACCAUCCACGAUCGAUGGAGGCAAUAUUAUAGUUCCCCAUUUAAAAUGUCCAACAGCUCGAAUCCAAUCGUAGGAUUAAGGAGUCGUAGCACUCCACAUGUUAGUUUUUAGAUACUACUUAUUUUUUUUUAAUUACUCUCAUAUGCUUUCCCUCUUAUUUGUCUCAGAUUAUAUUUGGAAGUUACUUUAUCUAUUAUACUACUACCAGUAGCCUCGGACGGAGCCAUAUCCUCCAAUAGGGUGUUAGAAUUAUGGGUGCAGUAAAGUGAACCAAACCGGUGGACGGAUAUAGAUCAGUUGAGGAAAAGUGCGAAAAGAACCCUACCCGGGUUAGUUAUUUGCGAAACAAACAAGAACCGAAAUUGCAAAAUGACUGCUCGGUGGGAGGGAAACAAGAAAGCACGCGAACUGUGUGAUCAAACCCAAUCAAUACUAAGGCACUAUUGCGAGGAAACGAAGCAGAAUUCAUUCAUUUUUUUUUGUAUAAUCUUAAUACUAUCGGUUCUUCUGCGACUCACCAACGCCGCCUGCGGAUGGGGGCGAUAGGAGGCCGUACUCUGUAAAUGAUUUGUCGACGACUCUCUUUAUAGUGUGUGUAGCAAUCCUAGGAAAACCAGGUGGUUUGUCGUAAGCCCCUUCCUCUUGCUCUCUUUUCCCACCCCCUUUCGGGACCCAGCCUUCUCCCACCAUCCCUGUGAUAAGGUGAUGAUGCGAACAACCUGCAAAAUUGCGUACGCUCUAAACGUCGUGGGAAAAGAGAGGAUAAUGAGGGCGAAUAAUGGUGAAUGUUGUUGCGAAGUUGAACCAAGUUUAUGAAAUAAAUAAAUAAGUCUUAU